GUCGCUACCGCCAUAGUUCGAAUCGAAUACUUGUUCGAAAACAGUUUGUGUUUGAAUAUUCGGAAUGAUUUAAAAGUUUUGCAGAGGUUUUAGCUUGAAAAUUUCAGAGUAGAAAUGGCAGAUUUGUCUACAAUAGACUACAAAGAUGGUGUGCGAGCUGUUGUAAGACGGCGUUUGAAAGAAAUAGGAAUAAAAGUGCCGAAGAUAAAGCUGCGAACUGAUUGUAAAAUUGACCAUGUGAGUUAAAUUUGUAAAUAUGUUUGUUUGCUCUUUUGAUUGCCCUGAAUUUCUUACAACGACCCAGACACAUAAAUACUUGGCUUGAAGUAUGUUAUAGCGUCUAACUUCAUUGCAAGCCUUAAACAGUCCUCACGCUUUUUAAAUCUAGAAAAGAAUUCAACAUAAGCGUUAAUAUUUUACAAAAUGCUGUGCUUAUAUGCUAGUGUUUACUGCACAGAUUUAUACGGUGUUUAUAAUCUGAUUAGUUGGAGUCGCAAUUAUCCAAAAAAGACAUGUCGUUGCUGUGUUAUAUUGUAUUAAAAAGUUCAAGAGUUUUGUAUGCCAAAACACGAGUGGGAUCCUUGAUAAUCUAUUGAAAAUAUGUGUGGUAUUUUUAGGAUAUACAGUAUUUUAGCUCAUUUAUCUACGAGUUGACGCCAUUUAAUAAUAUUACCCAAAGAUUCUCACAAUAAUAAUAUGGUUUUAGUUAUAAAUAAUAUAGGUUUCAAAGUGGAUACAUAUAUUUAUGGACUAAUAAAAUAUAUAAGGAACACUUUAUAAGCUCUGACUAUAAAGUUUGGAAAUUGCAGACCUGAGAUUUCUGAUUUCAAAAAUUUAAUAGUAAAUAUCAGAAUAUUUCACCUAAAAUCUCCGGGUUUAAUGGAUUAUUUCUUGUCUAUAUAUAUUUUGGUGAAGGCCGGUUACCAGAGCAGUAUUUUAAAUGUCUACCUCUGUGUAUGUGGAUUUAUAAACUAAUUCACCUAUAAAUGGCUAAAAAAUAUUGAAAAGUUGUUAAUUAACAUCUGCAGGAUAUUAUUAAUAGCUUAAUAGGUACCACAUAAAUUUCAAUAGAUUUUAAGCAAAUGCUCAUUAGCUAAGUGGUUUAAUUAGUAUCUGCCUACCAUAUGAUGAGUCAAUAGAUUAAAUCCUAGAUUAACACCCUUAUUCAACCUUCCUGAUGCCAGUACUGAUUCAUAUAUAUACUCAAAAGUGAACUUUAAAAAUUAUAUAUUGCAUUGCAUACACUUAAAAAAUUAUAUGCUUUGGCACUGAUACCGUACUUGAUAAUGUUUGCUGAAGACUUAAAAAGCACAUCUAUGUUUCUAGACGGAGCAAUUUUUAUCGCAAUAUGUUGCCGCAUUGAAAUUAAUGUGUGAAGCCUACCCUUUAUGAACAGUUUUAACAAACUUUAGUUGCAGUAACAUGUUCCGUUGGAAACUAUCAUAAAAAAUUGAAAUGAAUGAUUUCAGUUAGUUGACCAGUUGACAUUAUGAUAUCAUUAUAAAAUUUGGUAUAGCGUAGAUUAUUGCGUAAAUUAUUGCAUGGUUGUGCUCAGUCGGUCAUUCACUACCCUGAUCCAUCAGUGCACUGAACUCUGAUUUAAAAUUUUUUGUCAUAAAUUCUUUUUUGAACUGAACUGGCUAAGGUGUACUUAAUUUGUAAAUCAGUCUCUAAGCAAAGAUAAGGGAGCUGAAAUAUGUGAGAGCAAUUGCACCCCUCAAAAUUGAAUGUCUGAAACACCAUUUUAGUGUUUUUACUAAUGUUUGGGCAUUCUACUAUUGGGUUUCAGGGUUCUUAUGACAAUCCAAAUGUUGUAUUUGGUGUUCCCUUGGACAGAUUAACAACAAAGAACAUUGGAUGCAACACUUAUCACCCGGUGCCAAGGUAUGCACAUUUUGAUAAUUGGAUGGUUUUUUGUAAUAAGGUAACUGUCAGUAUAAUUAUAGACAGGGUGUCUAUAUAAUUAUCAUUAUAACAAUAACAAUCUUCUUGAACUUCGAGAUCUUCUGAUUUGAGUUCUAUUCCUUUAACCAGCGUUUGAACUUUUGCUUAAGCCUAGUGAUUAUUUCAAUACACCAAAAUCAACUGACCCUACAUCCUCUAAUACUGUAACCCCCCUUCAAACCUUACCAGCUUCUGUCUUCACACAAAGAAACAUACUGUAUGCCUGUGCUAAUAAGGUUGUUUCCAACAUGCACAUGGUAUAUUUUUGCUACGGUAAUCUUUAAUUUUCAUUUUGCCAUUCACAACAAUGGUAAAUCAUGUCUAUAAUGGGUCAGACCCUCGCAGUGUUGUGGCAAUUGGCAGUGGCUCUGUCAAUGUUGCGGACACUAGGGGGCCAUCCAUGGGUGGGGUGGCUACCCCUCCCCCCCCCCCCUCAAUAAUUUUGAAAGACCUAGUACCUACAGUAUAAAAGCUUGUUACACUAGUCAUUUUUUAUGUGAUUUUAGGUGCAAUUUUCUUCUGUGGAUGUGAACGAGUGGAUAAGUUAUGAAUGUUCAGAUGAGGGUACAUGUACUGUGUACUCUGAACAUUCAUAACUCAUCUACUUGUUCACAUGGAUCAGAAGGAAGAAAUUGCAGCGUAAGUGUAAGGCGUAAAAAAAACAACCUGUGGUUCCGGUUCCCGACCGAUCCCUAUUUUUUUCUGCCGACCCUAUUAUUUUUUUCAACGCCAUUGACUGUGCGACCCUAAUUUCUCCAGGUGGUUGCGGGCUGCUCAUGCAGCGUGCCAAAAUGGCAUCUGUUGUCACACUAAUUAUUGAACCAAAUUGCCUAAAUUCGUCCAUACGAAAUACGCAUCUCUAGGUAAUAUUGAUGUCGGGACUCUACUGCAAAUCGCCCAGCAGAAAACCGCCAAAACCAUGAAAAAAAAUAUUAAAAAAAAAAUUAUUUCCGACCUACCGACCCUAAUUUUUUCACGAUAUGAAACCGGAACCACAGGUAUUUUUUUUACGCCUAAGCGGGCCUUAAAAGUCUGGUACCAAAUAUCACAAUUCACAAGCAUUGUUUAGGAGCAAGCAUGCAAUCACACCCAUAUAACGUAAUUGCCAUUUAGGUGACUAUUUAAUAAAACUUAAGCUAAAGUUAGCAAUAUAGUGAGCAAUAUAUGAUUUUAUAUAAUACCUUAUUUAAUUCUGAUCAUUUAGUUGGCUAUUUAUGGUCACGUGAUAUUGAAUAGAAAAUUCCAUUUCCCAAGAACUGUGCAAUGGAAUUGCGAGCGCAAUUGUACUAUACGUUAGAUUAUUCCAUUGCACUCUUUGUGUUUUCGAUAAAUCGCAUCCGUCAAAAUGCUUCUCGUAAUAAUAAUAAUAAUAAUAAUAAUAAUAAUAAUAAUAAUAAUGGACUUUAUUUAAAGAAGGUAUUACAAAAAAACCCCAGUUUAGCAAAGCUAAUCUUACACUGGGCCUUCUAUAACUACGACUAUUAACAAACAAACAAAUAUAUUAGGUAACGUGGGGAAAAAAGAUAUAUGGUAUAUAUAAACAAUAGAUUACAUAUGACUACGUUUAAACUGUUUCUAAAAAGUAUUGAUAUGUUCUUAUUUUGAAUGAUGCUACCGAAGAAGAGUUUCUUAUCUCAAGUGGUAAACUAUUGUAAAGUGUUGCACCACUGUAUGUAUGGUAGUGCCUUUUGUCUGAUUGCCAAUUUAUUCCUUGGUACCCACAGAUCAUUGUCCGCAGAACUUCUGGUGACUCGGUUACUCACUGACGACUUCAGUUGAAAUAAGCCACAAAUGUAUUCCGGUACCAAUUGGUACCAAUCGUACGGUGAUUGCAGUUUAUUUCAUAUUCGAAACUCGGUAAAUGGGAUUUAAUGCAAAUACGACUCGUCAAAAUGGCGGGAGCUUGGACACUGAAACUCCUUUGACAUACAUGUUGAAAAUUUUGCCCAAUAUUUUGUACCCAUCACUGGCAAUUGCGACCUCAGUGCUGCUGACCAAUGUAAUGGCUUAAUUAACACUGGAAAAAAUAGUGAAUUGGAUUUCUAUGCUAUUUCCAUGUCCACCCAGGCUAGGUUCUAGAAUACCCCGCCACUGCGUUUAGCGGUGUAUAAAAUUAUGUUCCCGUGGUUAGAGGUUAGGUUAGGGGUUAGGUUAGGUAUUUGGUUAGGGUUAGGGUUAGCGUUAGGGUUACGGUUAGUGGUUAUGUUAGUGGUUAGGUUAGUGGCGGGGCAUUCUAGAAUUGAUUAUAUAGAGAAUAAUACAUGGGUGCGCGGAAAUACCAGAUUUAUUUCGAGUGUGAACAUGAUAUCUCACGAGUGAGCGCAGCGAACGAGUGAGUUACCAUGUUCAACACGCUGUUUAUUAUAUAAAGGACAGUCUUUGAAAAGUGAUAAUUUUUACCGAGAAAAGCGAUAAUUGAAAACCGAUAAUUUUCACAUGUGAGAUUAUCAUAAAUAAUCUCACAUGAGAUUAUCACUUUCAUCAGUGCUCGAAAUCUCUACAAUGCACUAUACUUUAUAUAAUAAAACUGCUUAAACUUAGAUUUGUGGUCAAAGCAACAGAAUGUUUGGAAAAUCAUCUUGGCAGUGAAGGCCUGUUUCGCAAAUCUGGUUCAUCUGUCAGACAGAGACAACUCAGGGUUAGUACAAACUACUUAUAAUUAAACCAUGGUUUCUUCACGAAUUUGCAUGCCAAAUAAUUAUCCUGCAUGGCAAUGCUGGCCGAUCCUGCAGCCAGUGGGAGCGGUAACGUAAUUUUCAGCUAAGUUGAGUUUCUUAGUCUAGUUUUCUGCUAAGUGCAAACACAACGGGCAAAACAUAAUCAAACUGUCACAGCAGUUGCGUAGGAAGAUAUUUAAUUAAUGUUAGGAAGGCUGAAAACUUUGGAAAAUUGAGGCUCGGAAAUGCCAUUUCGUGAAUUGAAGAAUUUGGAUGACAAAAAUCUGAAAAAAAAUGCUUCAUAAUUGGUUCUCGUCACUUUGUAUCAAUUGUAUGACUCGGCCGCGAACCCACAUUCUAGUUCGUUCAAGUGCAAUAACAUCUUCAGGUUGCGAAAUUACGCUUACAAAUGAUGCAAGUUGAUGGUUCUUUGUUGUUUUGUUACAGAAAACUAUUGAAGAAGGUGGUGGAAUUUCAGAAGCUCAGCCACACGACGUUGCAAGUUUACUGAAACAAUUCUUUCGUGAAUUACCUCAACCGCUUCUUACGAACCAACUACAUGACCACUUCUUGAAAUGCCUGCUGCUUGCCAGCAAAAAUGAACAGACUAUGGCAAUAUUACUUCUAUGCAUUUUAUUACCUAUUGAACAUUUAUAUACUCUGCAAUAUUUUGUAAAAUUUAUGUCAAAAGUUGCAGAGAAAUCCGAAGAGAGUAAAAUGGGAACGGCGAAUCUGGCAAUAGUUCUCACACCCAAUCUCAUGAACUGCACUAGCAAGAAGGAAAAUAGUAAUGGUUCGGAAAAGUUGUUAAAAGAACAAACGCUUGUUGUUCAGAUAUUGUUGGAAAAUGCAUCAGAAAUUGGUCUCGUGUCUGAAGAUAUUCUCUGCGAAGCUAAGGAUAGCAAUAAUAAUGAAGGAGGCUUGUCUUCAGGCGACGAACUCGAUGGAGAAAAAGUUGGUUUGAGAGGUCGAAGUCGACCGACAUCGUCUUCAAUAUCAGGUUUGUUCAAGACAUAGCGCGUUGUAAAGUCAGAUUGUGUCUCUGUUUCCUGAUUGGAUAAUUACACCAUGAAGUUUUCUGAUUGGUCCAGUUUACCACUUGUCUCAUGUCAAGUGUGUUCUGAUUGAUUGGUUGAUUGUUAAUUGAUGUCGUUAAACGAUAGAGUGGUUAUUGCCGCUUUCAACCAAAGGUUUAUUUUGCUUUCGCCAUUCCUAAUAUUAUAUACAAUAAAAAUAAACCUCCGGAAUGAAAAUACAAUAAAAAUAAACUCUCUGAAACUUCAGCGUAAUUUUUCAGGGAUACCAAUCAUUUAGUGGGAGGGAAAACAUGUUUGAGAUUUUUUGUACUUGCACGUGGCCAUGAACUCCCGAGCUUUAAUUAAGCCCCAUACAGAUGAGCAAGAUUUCCUUGACAAGAUUAUCUUCUCAUGUGCACGCUCAAUUAGGUUUCCUUGACAAGAUUAUCUUCUCGUGUCUACGGUCGACAAGGUUUCCUUGACAAGAUUAUCUUCUCGUGUCUUCGGUCAACAAGGUUUCCUUGACAAGAUUAUCUUCUUGUGUGUACGGUCGACAAGAUUUCCUUGACAAGUUUAACAAGGUUUCCUUGACAAGUUUAACAAGGUUUCCUUGACAAGUUUAACAAGGUUUCCCUGACAACUUUAACAAGGUUUCCUUGACAAGUUUAACAAGGUUUCCCUGACAAUUUUAACAAGGUUUCCCUGACAAGUUUAACAAGGUUUCCUUGACAAGUUUAACAAGGUUUCCUUGACAAUUUUAACAAGGUUUCCUUGACAAGUUUAUCUUCUUGUGUGUACGGUCAACAAGGUUUCCUUGACAAGAUUAUCUUCUCGUGUCUACGGUCGACAAGGUUUCCUUGACAAGAUUAUCUUCUCGUGUCUUCGGUCAACAAGGUUUCCUUGACAAGAUUAUCUUCUUGUGUGUACGGUCGACAAGAUUUCCUUGACAAGUUUAACAAGGUUUCCUUGACAAGUUUAACAAGGUUUCCUUGACAAGUUUAACAAGGUUUCCCUGACAACUUUAACAAGGUUUCCUUGACAAGUUUAACAAGGUUUCCCUGACAAUUUUAACAAGGUUUCCCUGACAAGUUUAACAAGGUUUCCUUGACAAGUUUAACAAGGUUUCCUUGACAAUUUUAACAAGGUUUCCUUGACAAGUUUAUCUUCUUGUGUGUACGGUCAACAAGGUUUCCUUGACAAGAUUAUGUUCUCGUAUGUACGGUCAAUAAGGUUUCCUUGACAAGAUUAUCUUCUUGUGUGUACGGUCAACAAGGUUUCCGUGACAAGAUUAUCUUCUCGUGUGUACGGUCAACAAGGUUUCCAUGAAUUAUCUUCUCGUGUGUACGGUCAACAAGGUUUCCUUGACAAGAUUAUCUUCUUGUGUGUACGGUCAACAAGGUUUCCUUGACAAGUCUUGACAGGUUUUUUUGACACGAGGCACAGAAUGUUGUUAAGUCAAGGCCAACAUUUAUUUACCAAAACCAUGGAAGUGUUUCUUGUAAAUUUUUGUCAAGUUUCCUUGCCAACACCAUACAUGUCCCAUACUAACGCAAACUUCCAAUGGACAUACAUAUGAAAUGUCCAUUGGACAUGUGACUGUCCAUUGGAUCCAAUGGACUCAAAUGUCCAUUGAGUGGACAUGUGUAUGUCCAAUGGAUCCAAUGGACAUAUCGAAUAUCCAUUACGAACAAUUUUCCUUGUCCAAAAGCUGGUAUGCUAUCUCUGGAACAUUGCUCCUUGGCAAAGAAAAAUUGUCAUUUUUUGCCAUACACAUGCUCAAGGAAAAAAACUUGCUCGUCUGCACAGAACGUCAAGCUACAAUUUUUUUAUAACAUUACAAAACUUUUUUUUCAGCUUUUGUUUCCGGCAAAGUGAACAAGUUUCGUCAUUCUUCAAAUCACAGAAGAUCAAAAAGCGUGAAAGCCGAAUUCUCCCGACAAAAACGAAGAGUUGAAGUUAAUAUUAAGGCAAAAGGUAAAUUUCAAAGAAGUCAGGGUCAAAUGAAGAUAGAAUUGGGUGAUGUGCAAUCUCGUUCCCCGAGCCUGCGAUCCUCGGGAAGGAACGCGAGGCUCUGGGAUAAUCCGUUUCAUGGAGGAAUCUGAUUGGCCAUUGAAAUGGAAUGCGUAGUUCAAUCUUAGCCAGGAUUCUUGGCUUCCGGUAACGGAUUAUCCCAGAGCCUUCGAUUCCUUCCCGAGGAUCGCAGGCUCGGGGAACGAGAUUGGGUGAUGUGCACGUCAAUGUAUAUUGUAGUAUGGUGGUGUUAUGUACUCGGGUGAAUAUGAUGUUUGUGAUGUUACUCAGAGUGUGUAUCCACAUCGGGCAAGCUUAACCAACACAGAAAAAAAUCAUGAUUACUAGAUUACAUUGAUAUCUAAGGAACUAGACUCAGCUGGUAUUCCAAAGGUCGUAGGUUCGAUUCCCUCCGUGGCCAGGCUUAUUUUUCAAGCUUGCCCGGUGUGGAUAUACACUCAGAGUAACAUAUCACAAACACCAGUAUAUAAUAUGGGUUACACUUAAAAGCACUGUGAUUUUCGCGUGACUUCGAGAGUUAUCAAGGCCUAGGACGUCAGCAGAUAAUCCAAUAAUUAUUAAAUAUCCAUAUGUGGACCAGGGUGUCCUCGGGCCUUGAAAAUCCUGGAAAGUCCUUGAAUUUGAAAAAAACUUCCAGGACUGGAAAGUCCUUGAAAAUCAGUAGAAGUCAUUGAAAGCCCUGAAUUAAUUUCCUUAACCUCCAGCUGUGCCAACAUUAGUGAUUUUGAUUAAAAUUACUGAAAAAGUGAAUUAUUUGCUGGUUAAAGUAUAAAAUCCGUGCCAUUUUCAAAGAUCUUUCCCAGUUCUAGGUCCUUGAAUUUACUGAAAAAGGGCCUUGAAAGUCCUGGAAAAGUCCUUGAAUUUCACCUUCACCAAAGGGUGGACACCCUGAUGGACGUUAAAAUAAGUUUCAAAUUUAAUUGAAGAUUUGGUAUUUUCUAGCCAAUAUAUAUUUUGAUAUUCCAGUUUAUAAGAUUUCGAUAGUGAUUGACAGUUUGUGCCACAAUCGGAAAUUAUUGAUUGCCGAAUAAUCAUGGGACAAUCUACCCGAUACCGAUUUUAUAAUGACGUCAUAAUGUCAGUCGACCGAGUAAAGGUGACGUCAUUCAUUUCACUUUUUUAACGAUAAUUUCCAACGCAACAUGUUACUGCAACCAAAUUUCGUUUUGUUUUUAUUAGCUUCUGCCCCCCUCCCCAAAAUAUCGUGUUUCCCUUGGGUUAAUUUUGUCGCGGGAACAUAUUGCGUUUAAACGCAACGUGUUUCAUGAUUUUUAAAGUGCGUAUUUUCUCAACAAUCUGUGUUACACAAUCGAAAAUACAGAUAAUUCUACCGAUUAUCGGUCAAUCGCUUACAGUUUUCUAACACGUUAGUAUGAAAAUUACAUGAUUAUCUGAGUAAUAGUAUUGUCACUGUUUCAGAUGACUGUACAAUGUUCACAAAACAUUUGGUGAAUACAGCUGAACUGAGUGGAGUUAUAAAAGAUCAAAAAAGAAAACCUUUAGAAAGAGAAGUAGACAAAGAUCUGGCUCCUGCUAGCAAAAGGUGCGUUCUAAUAUUUUUAUUAUUUUAUUUUCUAUUUAAAACUUUAGUUAAAGACCCAACAGAUUUGCAACAUUGCAAUGUUUCAUUUACUUGUUAUUGUCUGGAUGUGUUCGCACUGCUUGUUCCCAUCUCCCUGACAAGUUGUCAACAGCUUGUUGAUGAUUUACUACAAUGUUGUUGAACUCAACAGAGUUGUUACAAGUUGUUCCAACAAAUUGUUAUCGUCCUGCAUUUCAACAACUUGCCAGCACGCUGUUGAGUGACAACCUUGUAGCAACUUGAUAACAUAACAACAUUGUUACAACUUGUUGACAAUCUUGUCACAAGCAGAGACCCAGCCAGGAUUAGCAAUCUACCCGUCCAAAAUUGCUAGGCCAGUUCUGCCCCCCUCCCCAAAAUAUCGUGUUUCCCUUGGGUUAAUUUUGAAAUCAGAUCUUCAUCUUCUAAAAACAUGAUUCUUAGAAUCAUGAAGUUCUUGUUAAAAUCCGCUUAAAAUACUAAAUAUUUGGCUAAUACAUAUAGGGAUUUGUAACUUCUUUGCUUGCGGACGUAUGUGCGGGGAUGUGCUUGUACGGUUGUAUUAAUUAUUAAAAACAAAACAGUGGAAUUUUAGCAUUUUUUUGCCCGUCCACAUUCAAAAUACACGUCACAAGCCUGUUGCGAACACAUCUUGUUAUCAAGUUGUAGAUUUUUACGUGUGUAUGAUUACACCCGUUUUCAAAAUUACGCGACCAAGGACGAAAAUGAUAUAGAGUUGACAUGUCAGUUUUAUGUCAUUCGGUCACGAAGUUUAAACGUUGAGUUUUGCGGUUCCUUGUCGAUGUAUAUGCUUUGUAUGCUUUAUAUAAACAGGCUUACAAUGAUUUUCAAGAUAUUUUAGUGAGAAUUAUUGCAAAAUUUAAGCACAAACAAAAUCAUAACAUCACCGUUAUAGUCUAGCGCGCGUGUUUUACACUGACAGCUAAAUUCCCGAUAAAUUGUUAUUUUUCAAACUUUAAAAGUUAUUCACGACACAUAUUUCUGUAGUGAUGGUUUGUAUUGUGCUUUAGUUUGUAUAUCUAAGUUAUCUAACUCAUUUUUGUUCAGUUUUGGUAUUAAAUACGGUUUAAAAUGUCUUUUGACAGUUUGUAUACGUUUGCUAUUUUUAGCAGUUUUUGUGACAUAAAACUGACAUUUGAAGUAAGAGUAUUUUUCAGGGAGGUCGCGUAAUUUUGAAAAUGGGUGUAAAAGUUUGAUAUUUCAUGUGAUAUUAUUUCCUGCAGGAAAAUGACCAGCAAGGAUCUGCAGACUCAAGCUCAAUGUCACGUGAUCAGUUCACCAUUCAGUGUCACAGGUUCAACUCAGAUGUUCAUGACACCAAAACGACCAAUACCUCGCACCAGACCUCUGUCGGAAUGUGGUAAGUAGAAUGUGGACACAAGAUAAUCCCUGCAUAGGAUAGUAAUAGAAUGGUUUGGUAAUAGGAUGGCACAAUAAUAGGAUGACACAGGUAAUAGGAUGGUUUAGAGUGCAAUUUGGAUAAAACAUGCACGAGUGAGUUUUUCAAAGAGCGUCAAAAUAGCACCAAAUUUCACGAGAAACCAUCCUAUUACGUAAUAUAUGAACAACGAGAGCGAGUGUUUCACCGGGAUAUCCAAACACGAGAAAACAAUGUAUCAUACAUUGUUUUCGAGUGUUUGGAUAUCCUGGUGAGACACGAGCUCGAGUUGUUUAUAUGGCUUCUCAAAUGAAUCGAGACGUAACAGAAUGUUUUCGUAAUAGAGAGGUGGUCAUAUCAGAGUGGUGUCGGUCUUAGCACAUCAUAUCAAUACAACUCUACAUUUGUAUUACGAUUCACGUGUAAAUUUAACAAUCUCGUUUACUCUUAUUAAUUACUGUUUUUGCGUACAGUUUAUUGCCUUCAAAUAUUAAAAUAUAUACUUUCAAUAUUGUAGCGUCGAACGCGAAACAAGACCUCUCUCAUGAAACCCAACAUGUCAAGGUUGUAGACGCUCGGAACUACGAGUCCCCGGAAGGUUUACGUCCCGGCGAAAUUACCCUGGAAUUCACGAAACUCAUGGGCCAAACUCCGGUCGGAGAUAAGUACGUGUUUGAUUCCCCACACAGCGCUACUUUAUCAUGUGAUAUGAAAGCCAAGAGAGCUAAGAGACAAGGACGGAAUAGAGCUAAUAGAAGGUUGAGUGUUCGUCUGUUUGUCAAAUAAAAAAUAUCGAGUAUUUUUUGUAUUUUCUAAAUGAAACUUUCAAAACACCUAGGCCUUUACGUCCAACUGAAAGAUUUUAUGUCCUCUUUUCAAUGUGUCGAUAAUUUAAUAAUAAUUUUAUUUACAUUUAAAGAUAAUUGUAAUAUUUUUCUCACGGCGGGUUUUAAGUUAAAUCUCAUGAUCUAACAUCAAAGAAUGUAUAAGUUAUGUUAUCAAAGAAACUGUCUCUUAAAUUCAUUCCAGCCAACGCUGUAACAUGUGUGUUCAAGUCGUUGCGAAACAUAUUAAAAUGUUUAUUUAUGUAAGGGGUUCAUUCAUAAUAUUUGUGUGCAGUGGCGGACACUGGAGGGGGUGGGGUGAAGUAAACUUUUGAUCGAUAGCUGAGUAACAAAACUGUAAACUACUUUUCGACAUUGAGUGCAUGGUAGGCUAUUUAUUUAAUUGUCUUUUUUUGUUAGGAAUUCGUCCGGAGCUACAAGAUGUUUCUCUUCGUCGCCGCGAUCAAGGAACAAGGUAUGUAUGGGGCAGCUGUCAAAAUGUUCCUAUUUUUGCAUGGGAAUUUUACUCAAACGCAGCGCAACCAGGGGGGAGGGUACACCUUUUCAAAAGUGGGAAAAAGAGGGGGCUAAGCCGGUAAAUUUUUUUGAAAAUUUAGAGAGAAAAUUACGAAAGUGUUAAAAAGAAGCGGUAAUUAGGUUUAUUAAAAAUAUGAAGAGGUUAUUAUAUUAGGUCCAAAAAAAGUUUUAACCAAACUGGUUAAUAAACUAACAGACUAUCAAACUCACGCACCGAAUAUAAAGCGGAUGCCAAAACUUCGUUUGGGCACCCCAAUUUCGAAUGUAACUUACUUUACAAUGAGCUCGCGAGCGUCAACUCGGGCUACUGGACUCAGGUCAAGAGCUUGGUGGUCAGAGAGCUGCAUCGCAAUCGCAGGACCGCAGAUUCGAUGCUUGCCGGAGGGCCAGUGGUUGCAGCUUCUCCGGGUCAGGUCUAUAAUGUAUAAUUUUGAAAACCCUGGUGCUAGUGAGCUUUGCUGUUUUUAGUUUCGGAUCAAUCGAGUUCCCUAGACGAAUACCACCUGAAUGAAAUGUUCUCAAUCCUAAAUUUUGUUUACAUUUUGGAGUAACCUGCAGGCCUAAAUAAUUAUUUUGCUUGGAAGACAAAUGUCCUACCGAGACAAAAAUUUGCCGGACAUUUGUAUCGGUUUUUGGCGGACAAUGGACAAAGUAAUAUUUUUUCUUAAAAUAGCACGAUGUAUUUCGGCUGAUCAUGUCAGUCAGGCUAGGAGAAGCAGGAAAUAAUUUUUAGUUCUCGUCCAAUUUUCGUUGAAAUUCAACCACUACUUGAUCGAUUUGUCCUUGGCUGGUCCAUUUAAACUGUUCGAUACCAUUCGAGUGAAACAUAACCUAGUAGCAGGUAAUAAACUUAGUGUGACUUUAAAGUCUUUCUUCCCUUUUUAGCCACUGAAGAAAAACACACCCAAGGAAACGCCCUUGGCACACGGAGGCAGACAUGGAUCAAGUGGGUCAACGAUGGACGAGAAUUGUAACUUGAUCAAUGGAGGGAGUUCGUGGUUGAAAAACCCAGAGAAAAGUACUCCCCGCAGAAACACCCCACCCUUGCCGCAUCUAAAAAAGAAACCAGAAUUUCGAACAAUUUUUACGGAAAAUGUUUUCUAAUAUUUUACAUUGUUGCAAAAUGGCACAGUCAUCUAAUUAAUUAUUAAACAGACGAUAGACCUUUUAGAAAAGGAACACUGGUUUGAAAUCUAGACUGGAUAAAUGAAGCCAAUUAGGGACGGGCUAUUAAAUUUUUGAGGGGGAGGGGAGUUUGGG